AUGUCUACUCUUCAGAAGCCCCCACAGGCGGCCUUGCUCGAUUACGAAUCUGCUCGGUCCGUACAAGAUGGUGCCUCCUAUUCCAGUUUCGGUCAGGCCCCAUAUGUGACGAGCACGCCAAUGGUGCCCUCCCCCAUGGCCGAUCAUGCGAGUCAAAUAUCCGACUGUGUCCCAUACAUGGGUAAUCAAGAAUACGCCAGCUCUUAUGAAGAUAGCAGGUCACCCAUGCUAGGUGGCGAAUCCCGCCAACUACCGGAGGUUAUCUCUUAUUCUCCUCAAAGAGGAACAGAAGGUACUCGGGUGUUUGUGCAAAUCCAGUCCCCAUAUGACCUUCACACUUCAUCUUAUGCAACUCUUUACCUGGUUUUUGGUUCGAAGAAGUGUGAAUGUGUACCACACUUCCUGGGAUUCCAAGGCUCUUUGUUUCAGUAUGCCCUCUCGGUGGAUACCCCCCCAUUCAUCUCAACGGGUUCGCCGUCUUUCGCUGUGCCCUUGCAAGUGGCGAUGAAUGCCCAAAAUGAGUGCCCUUCCACUACCCUGCAAGUAGGUGUAUAUACAUACGAAAACGCAUCCCACCCCUCGCCGUCGGACGAGUCCCAAAAGAGGAGGAUCGCGUCAUACUCGGAUGAGCCUAUUUCAGGCAAGAGGACAACUGGGCCGCCAAUCCCGGGCAAGGAACAGCCGCCAGCCUACUCUUAUUCACCAUAUUUGCAAUCUUUGCCUGCGAUGAAUGGCUUCGUCGCUCCAUAUCACCCAACCUCCUCACCCCGAGUUGCUCCAGCGCAGUACUCGACUGUAACGGCAACGUCACAGUCCAACAUCCGAGCACCCUCGCCCCUCGCUCCUUCAUGGAAUCCUUCAUACGUGACUGUUCACGGAGAUGCCAGAGCUCCUGGGUUCGCUUAUGCCCACGGCCUCCGCCAGCAAAAACCAACUUCCCCCGCGCGGCUCUCUAACCCAACGCUUAUUCGCACCUCUACAUUGCAGCAGUCCAGCAGCCUUGGUCACCAUACCCAGUCGUUCAACCCCUAUGCCAUGUAUCCCUCGAAGGCUGUUUUGAAGCUCAAUGGCAGCUUGGACUCAAUGACGGAAAGCUGGACUAAAGAGGAGCGCGAGGCCAAGCGUCGCUUGGUUCAAUUCACUCGUAUGCAAAGUGGAAGCACCAUCCAUGCGGAUUUUAAUCCAGUUGCUCCUGAAGACCGUGCUCCCAACAGUAUCUGCAUUAGUUGCAUCUACUGGGAUGGCAAAGAUGAAUGCUUCAUAACCAGUGUUGAUACCAUCUACCUCCUUGAGUCGCUUGUUGGCGUCAGGUUCACCGUGGAAGAGAAGAAUCGUAUUCGCAGGAAUCUGGAAGGCUUCAGGCCACUUACUGUUUCGAAAGCAAAAGCCGAUAGCGAGGACUUCUUCAAGGUGAUCAUGGGCUUCCCCGCCCCGAAGCCGCGCAAUAUUGAGAAGGAUGUCAAAGUAUUCCCCUGGCGGAUACUUGGCCAUGCACUGAAGAAGAUUAUUGGCAAAUAUUCCGCAAGCUACUCUUCGACAGCUGGGGCACUUCCCACACCCAUUAGCUCAACUUAUACAAGUAACGGCGCCACAUCGGACUCUGGUACUGAACCCCCGAACGCGGCAUCCCCACAAUCUGUCUCGGACACUGGUCCAUCAACCACCUAUGGUGCCCAUGUGGCAGCCGCAGCCUAUUCCCCUCCAGCACAUCUCCCCGGCCAUUCCAUGACCGGCACUCAUGAACUACGAGCUGUGCUACCUGCUGUUAGCCAACCCUAUCAUCCUAUAGCUGCCCCCUACUCUUAUCCAGCGGUCUGCCAACAACAGGGUCAACUUGGUCUCACUGCGCCUGUUAGCAGGACUUGGGAAAUCAACCCUCUUAUCAACGCUCCUGGGACAAAUGGAGGCCCCACCUACAACUACCUGACUCCGAUGUCAUACUCUGUUCAAGACCCGUCUCAUUAA